UAACGAAAUCACAACAAAUACUAAGCUAGUCUCACUGGACUUGAGGAAAAGUUGUUUUUGCAAUGCUGUUAAUUUGAAUAUAUGUCCGAAACCACCCAGACAUGAAAUGAAGGAAUGAAAUAUAAGGAAACCAGAAGAGAAUGUCUGUCGUAGAGGGUCCCCUUUGACAUCCACAUGUUUUCUAACACAGCAUGGAUGACUUUGCUCAUCUUCAUUUGGUCUCUCCACCUUCAAGUUUACCGGAUGGCCUGCUAGCUCCUAGAGUGUCUACUCCUCCUGUGCCACGUCCACGCAAAGCUUCUUCUCUUUCUUUGAGCUCUACUCCCAAGCACCUGCUGAAUACCCGUCAUUUGCCACUUGUCAAUGGACAUGACUAUCCCUUAAGUAAAAGUUCUCGGGUACAUCAACAAGGUAUGCAUCGUGCCCCCUCUUUGGACUCUGCUACUCAUCGUGAUCUACCAUUGUCGCCGAUUGCUCGCAUUCAUGAUGCUCAAAGUGACAGUGAAACUGAAGAUGAUUGCGGCCCAUCUUCAUACCGUGGAAGUGUAUCACGUUUGAACAAUGGUGCACAUCAUUGUAAACACUUCAAAAAGCCACAUCAGCACUCACAUAGCCUGCCUGCCACUCCAAGAGUUAAUAGUAAUUCCCAUCCAUCUUGCCUCAGUGGGAAUUUUCCCUUGGGAACAAUUUCACCCUACCAUGGCAUUCCUUGCUUAUUGGCACCUAAUACUCCCAAUCAUUCAAAUCAAGAUAACAUAUCACAAGCUAGCCAGUAUAUCACAUGCCAGACUGGUGUCAGUCAUUUGGAAAGUUCUGCAUUUCUUGAUCAGUCUGAGUCUAAGCUUCCUGGGGCAAUUGACUAUAGUAGUUUACCACUUCCUCAUGAAAACAUAGAACCAGUAAGAAGGACUACGGAUAUAAGCCGACAUAUGAGCGAGCCUUGCAUAAUAGAGUCUCAGAGUGAAUGCAAUAGUCUCCCAUAUACUAAUAAUAAAAAAAGAGGGACACGAAAUUACAGAACUGCCAUUCUUGGUAAAGAAAAUGGUCUCAUGGACAACAUAAAAGAAAGUGGGCAAAGUGAAGGUGAUUCUGAAGAAAUGCAUGCCUUGGAAGUGCAGUGGAGAUUUAUUCAAACACUAGUAGCAGAACUAAACACCACAAAGUGCAGUAAUCGUAAAUUGAUGGCCGAGUUACACCAGGCUAAGAUGGAGAUUCAAGUCCUUAAAGCAUCUCUUGAUUCAUAUAUAGAGAGUGGACUGCAACCAGGUGCCAUCACAGAAAUGGUUAGUCAGAUCCAUGCAGCCCAGAAAGUUCGAGAUGAAGCCAUGAUGUCCAGAAUAAAGUUGGCAAACGAAGAAAGGGAUGCAGCAUUAACCCAUACCCGAGUUCUGUUGGAAAAGCUAAGCCUCUCUCCUUGUAAUGCAGAACAAGGUACAUCGGUGGAAGCAGCUGAACAAGAAAUGCCAUCAGGUGCCAAUAGCAGUUGCACCAGUUCACCUCGUCGGAAUGAUAGACGCCACCGGAGAUCUAGUUUAUCAUCAUAUUCAUCUGCACCUCCAUUCACCUCAGUCCCAGGAGCAUCUCAGGCCUCAGAUACAAGGAGUGCCGCAGAACGUGAAUCCAGCACACUAGCGCAGUUAGCGACCUUAGAGGAGGAGCUGAGGACAUUAAGACUAGCCACAGCAAUACACCAUACAGUACAUGAAGGUGAUGAAGGAGGCAUGCCAUCCUUUCAAGGUAUUAGUCGUGUGUCAGCAGAAUACAUGGAAGGCUUGUGUUCUCAGCUUCGAGAAAGUGAAACAUCACGUUGGCAGUUACAUGAUCAGUGCGCUCGUUUGGAACGUUUGGUUAAUGUUCUUCGAAAGAAAGUGAAUGGCCUUAGUUCUUUGGAAACCACAGGGCGUCAAGAAGGUACCAAACUAACUUUAGUAGAUUUGACUCUUCACAGAUCAAACUCAGAUUGUCCUCCCAGUUCAGUACAGCCUCACCUCCCCACAUCUACCUCUUCUGAAGGUGAACCAAAGGAUAGUCUGUCAUCUUUAGAAAGUGUUGAAACUGCUUCAGCCUCAUCGUGGAGGAGAGGGGAUGUCCCUAAUUCAAUUCACUCUCCUACAGUUCUCCAUUCCAGUAGCAUAUUGCAACAUGAAACUAGCUCAGGCUCAGCCCUUAGUUCUCAUCAUGUCCAUCAUUCAAAUUGUGUUCAUUCCAAUUUAUCACAGUCCAACCCAGAAAAAUUAAUUCCCAUUAAUCCCAGUACCUCAAGCUGUUCAGCUUUAUCAAGUCACGCUCCUCAUGUUUCCCCACAUCAUAGGCAACAGGGCUCAAGCGAUGUUACUGAGUGCGACCCUCGUAACAUUCCCGGUGUUACAAUUGUGGGACCCAUAACUGAACUUUGAGUUUGUCUAGAAAUGUUUUAAGCUCAAUAUAAUAGGUAUGUUAAUCAAAUAGUCAAAACUGCAUACCUGACAAGUAUGAUUUUUGCAGGUUUCUUAAGUGAAUUGUUGAAAUGAAAGAAUGUAGGGUGAUUAGUUAUAGAUAUAAUUCAUUAUAUCAUAAAGUAUCUCUUUGACUGGUUACAAAUAAAUAUUUUGACUUGAUGACUUCCAGUCUCCGUCCUUUGUCGUACUUAUAUGUGUGAUACACCUGCCUUGCAUGGUUUGUCGUCAUGGUUUCCUAGUAUGGUGCUUUGUGAAAAUACAUUGAUGUGUUAGAAUUCAUAUAUUAAUAGUGAGAAGGCCUGUACUAUCUAAGGCCUUUGCAGGAUGUAGAUGCUAUAUUAGGAAGUAAGAUUUUGCUCCAUUCUUAAAUGACACGAUAUAAAAGAACAGUACUGAGUUUGAUUUUUAUAAAGAUUAAAGUAUUUGCAGUCUACAGUAAGUUUACAAAACUUUGAUCAGGCUUCUGCUAUCUACUUUCAUGGGCCUUCCUCUGAAGGUAUGUCAGUGUCUGAUUUUUUUUUUUUUUUUUUUUUUUCAUGUGAUCAAAACCAAGAUUAAGAUAUUUCUUGUACUUAGACUUCCUGUGUGAUUAUGUUCUAUAAUUCCAGUUUGUUGGCAAUUUCAUGAUGAUUUAUUCUUUAUGUUUAUAGUAGGAAUAAGCAAAUUCUACAUUGUCAUGUUUUCAAUUUAAAAUACCAGCCACACUUGGGUAUUUUAGCAGUAUGGAGAAUUAUUUUCUCCUAGAAUAAAAUAGUUGUUAGGGAAGAAGGCAAACCCAUAUUACAGUAUUGUUUUACAAGUCUUAACUUAGACAAUUUUGAAGAGUGAACAAUAUAGUAGUUUAGUUAGCAUUUAUUACAAUUUCCAUGCCCUCUUGCCUCUGUUCUCCCAAGUAUAUUAUAUGAUUGGACUUUGCCAUUUUUUUCACCAAGGGUUGAUCUGUUAUUCAUUUUUCAUUUUAUGCAAAAUAGCAAACAUGUAUUCCAUGGAAUGAAUUAAUUGCUUGCUAGGUUUGUUUAGUUCUUCAUCUUUUACCUUAAUAGCAUAUGCUGUGACUCUUGCAAUUUGUUUAACAUGUUAUUCAUACCACAGUUUUAACAGACAGGGCACAAAAAAUGUUUAAGUAUUUGCUCACUUUAUAAGGGAAAACUAGCAUCAGUAGUAUGUCUAGCCAAGAAAAUUGUUGCAUUGUGCAUAUACCCUCUAUACACUGAGCCAGUACAGAGAUAGGUGAAAAAAAAGGGGUAUUGUGGAAAAAGAAAAAAUAGAUAAUUUACUGAAAGUAGUGAUUUAAGAUAUCUCCAAAGCACUUUUGCAGCUGGAGAAUUUGCUAUACCUAACUUGAAUAGUUUUUCUCCUGGUGCCAUUCUAUCAGGUUGUUGUUUUGUCCUUACCCUGAAAAUGUUUCCUAGAAAUUGGUAACAAAUAGGAUGUUGAAAAAGAUCUGAACAUUCUUAGUGCUAAUCAAGGCAUAGCUUGCGGCCUAAGUGAGUGAAACAUUUUAGUUUGUUAGUCGUUCAUCAAAACUUUCAACAUAGAUAUUAUUACUAGGGUUGGUGAAAUUGUCUGAAUUGGUGCGUAUUUAGAUUGUCAUUUAGAGAGCAACAAGAUAUGAGAUUGUCAUUUAGAGAGCAACAAGAUAUGUUAGCAAAAUCAUAGGUAUAAGUACCACUGUCUUUGAUGACUAACAGUGGAGGGCUUGGGGCAGCACAAAAGGCACUUUUAAUGUAUAUCUUGGAAGAAAGUUUAUAUGGAAAGACUACACUAGUUUGUCGUUUGACUAAUUUUUGAAAUUCUUUGCUCUGUGUUUGGCUGUGGAUCAUCAUGGGUAUUAGUGGCCUUGUGUAAGAAGAAACCAGUCAUAUAUGGCAAUGAUGUCACUGAUUUUUUUUCUUCAUUAUGUUUUGAUGUCGUUCAUUAUUAUAGAUUAGGUUUAAACGAGUGGGGAAAUCUUGGUAUGGACUUUUUGAAAGAUGACUAAGGCUGCGAGUGGGUCGGUAAAGACAGCUAUGGUUGAUGAUUGAUCUGUUGAACAGUAGUCAAAAAGUAUCAUAAUUAUUAUUUAUUAAUGAAGAUAGUAGCAUAAGUAAUGAUUAGUUCCAAAAAGAUUGUAAACGUCUGCCACAUUCCUCUGUUAAUCUUAAUUCAGUAAAUUGGCUCUUGAUGACUGAGGUGAUCUAAUGAAGUUUAUAAAUUAUGCAUAAUUGUAGGAUCAUGUGUUUCAGAGACAUGGUGGAGGCAUUGUGGUUUCUAAUGAUGCAUUGUUACAAACAACCUUAUAGACAUAUUUUUCCCCCACAGUUACCACUGAUGAAGUAACUGUGAUUGAGAUGGUGUUUUACAAGGCACUGAGGUGUGUUUCUCUGCCUCAACCUCAGACUAAGAAUAUGGGUGAAUUUAUAGAAAAGCGUAGAGAUACAGAUUUAUUCUGUUCAUCUGUUUUUAAUGUAUCAGAGAAGAUUAAAGUAAACAUUAUGUACUAGGUGAACUCAGGGCUUUUACCAAAUGUAUUGCUGCUCAUGUGUUAAAUGAAUAAGAAAAUAAUAAGCAAAGGUAAAUUAACCAAAAAAUAUUUCAAGUAAAAAAUAGAAAUGGAAAUUAGGAAAAGUUACCGUAAGUCAGUGGUUCAUGAUAAAUGGGAAUUAGGAAAAGUUAAGUCAGUGGUUCAUGGCCCCUCAGAUUAGUAGUAAGUUAGUUUCUCUUAAAGUAAUGAGUAAUACUACUUGGAAAACCAUCACAAUUUUGCAGUAGAGGAAAUAAAAGACUUUUGGUACUGGUUGUUGUGAUAAUGUAACACCUCAGCAGAUUAAUAUGAUACUUGAUGCUAUGCAAAGCAAGUAGCAUACAUUAUUUCUUGGAGGGCAGGUGUUGAAAGUGCUCUUAGAGUCCAUGCAGGUACAGAGCUUGUGUUAGAUGACCAAACAGGUUAUCUUCUAAUGAUUGUAAAGAACCAAGAUCAUCAUGUUAGGGAUGGUUACCCAGAAAAGUUCUUCCACAUUUUCAGUAAUUUAUAUUCACUAAACAAUAAUGUAUUCUUGUGUUAUACAGAUGGAAAUGAUUUUUCUCAUAAGAAUAACAUAGUUAAUUUUACAGAUAUAUUAAAAAAUGGCAAGACAGUAUUUCAUUUAAAGAAAGUUGCAUGAAACAUUUUGAAAAAUUCACUUUAGAACACUAGGAAGGAUGAACAAAAAGGAAACUAAAGUGUGAAUCCAAAAUUAAAGCAUAUCUAAUUAUUUUUGUCAAAAUUGCAUGGAAAGGUAACUGUCUUACAUAGGCGUUGAAAACACAAUAAAAACAGAACAAUAGGCUACAUAAUCUUGCCUCUUACCUAUGAUGUCACAUAUGUUGAUUGAAAGUAGGUGGAUGUGCAGCUUUCCAUCUUUGGCUGUCAGUCAUCAAAUGAGGGUAAUGUGUUGAUAAGCUACAUUAUUUGGCAGCUUAGCAAGAACAAAACAGCCAUAUUGUUGAUGGGUGCGACGAAAGAGGAAAUGUGAGUAUGUGUACCUUACAUAAAAAGUCCCUGUUGCAUUAGUCACACUGUUCUCAAAGAUCAGCAAAAGAUCAGCUUAACCCUCAUAAUAACUGGUGUUUUGAUGAAGAGGGAAAAUAAGCUUCUAGUUGAUAUAGUCCAUUCACACAAAAAAAAUAUUGAAAGAGAGAGAGAGAGAGAGAGAGAGAGAGAGAGAGAAGACAGACAGACAGACAGACAAAGUGAUUUGUCUGAUAAGUUGUGUAUCCACCUUAGACCAAAUGUAAGUAAUUUUCCAUAUUUACUCUACAUAAUGAGUAUACAUAUAUUUAUUUAGUAUCAAGGUUUGUUUUACCCAAAGAUCCAGAAUGAAUAAAGUUAAAUGAAUUACAAUAUGCAUAUGCUUAGAGUAAAUAAUUCACUAUAGUACUAUGUUAUUCAUGGAAAGAUUUUAUAACACCAUGAAAAUAUAAUUUGAUGUAAAUUACAAUUGUAAUGUUAUGAAGACUAAUAAGUAUAGUACUCUCUUAGACCUAUGUAGACUAAUGUAACUUAGAAGCAAAUAAUAAUAGUCACAAAUAUUGAUAGCCUUGGAAGUGCAAUAGUAAUAUCCUUUUAUUUGGUAACAUAUACUAAGAUAUUUAAAAAAAAAAAAAUCAGUUGAAAAAGAAAAUGGGUCGGAAAUUCCUCUUAAUAUAUCACCAUAAUUAUCAUCUCAUGUAAAGUGAUAUUUUAUGGGCAAGCUUACAAACGAAAAGUUUUUAUUUUAUUUGAGCACUCCUCCAUUAUUUCAGUUGAUUACAGUAGUAAAUGGUCUUCAAGGACUCCUCAUGUUAUGCCAGGCAAGGUAAUUCUCGCACAAGGGAUUAGAUAUUGUUUCAGGCAUCUAUUUGCUUAACGAAUCAAAAGUGGCAUUGUAGUUGGUUUUAUCAAUCCUUCUAUCUUCCUCUUGAACAUACCUCACUUAGAACCAUGUAGCAUUCCUUUGUUACAGGAUAAACAGUUUCUUACCUCACCAAACACCAUUUACUCAUGCAGGGAUGCUCAUUGCUGUUUGACUGGAUUGAACACAUGAUAAGCAUGGUGGGCACAUAAGUGUCUUGUCACACAAAAAACUUAAUUCCAUUCUAACAGUAGAUGUAAGUCAUUUUGCAGACAGCAUGUAGUCAGUGAAUUAAACUCUUACCAUCACCCAGACUGUUGAGAGUUGGCUGUAAUUCAGUUCCAUUAUCCAGUAAUCUCCAUUUAUUGCACAGUCCCAUUGCCUUGGUUAACUUUGACACGUGUCCUUGUUUUGGUUAUCAGCCAAUCAUAAUAAUUUUCAGAAUUUUGUAAAGUGGAUUAUGGUUCAUGUAAGCAAUUUUAAACAAGCUAAAUUUAAACGAAUGCUAAAUCUAAGACAGCAUGUAGGAAAGUACUGUAAACAGUGGUUUUAGAAUGUCAUAUUAAUCACCAAGUAAUAAAGGAUGCAAAAUGUCUUUUGCAUCAGCAGUUAAAGUUAAUUCUUUUUAAUGAUAAGUAAAAUUCUUUUAAAACUUAGUUUAAAAUCAUUGGAUAAAAAGGUAUCAAGUGGUGUCUAACUCUCCGUAGACAUUAAAAUUGAAGUUCAGGAAUAAGGGGACUUAAAGAAUCAGAUGAAUCACAAAAUAGUACCAGAAAUCUAAAGUAUAAUACUGUUUCACUGCAAGAUGUUAUGUAAUACUUGGCUAGCAAGGUAUUGAAAGGUUCUCUUUACUGUGCCAUCUCCAUGCACAAUACACAUUACCUGUUGGCAGCUAUGCCUCCAGUAACAUUUUGAAUUGCUUCUCUUUAGUGUGGACCUCAGUUUCAUCUUGGUUUUUGAGCAGUAAUAUGAUAUUAUUUGAGAGAUUAGCACACUAGCGAAUUCUUGUUUUGUUUUUACUGUACACACGUUCACAAUUUGUGUGCAGGUGUGUACCCAUUAAUUAUUGCAUGGAAUUGUAUUAGUCAAUACUUAGUUCAUUCCCAACUAGUUUGUCAUGAAGUGCUUUGUGCUGUGUGUUUUAUUGAUGGUUUUCAAAUACAUUUUAUAGUUUGUUUAACCAUUCAAAUUUAAACACCUCUCAGCAAGGGUUCUUUUUAUAUUAGUAUUACUGACACCUAUGUUAGCUAUCUCAUUCUUCCUCUUAUUUCAGAUUAUAUUCUGCUUUUAUAAAAAAACAAAUAUUUGUUUUAGUAUGUGAAUUUAUAGUUAAACUACCGUAAAGUAUUUUGUGGUCGAUGCCUACUAGUAUCAGUAUUGGCCUCAUAUGCAGCAAGUGUUCAGUAGUGUACUGAAGUUGUUUUAAGAUAUUAGAUUUUUAUUGGUGGUUUAGAUAAUUCAUAUUUAGGAUGUCUGCCAGUCACCUUCUCCCAAACAUUUUCUGUGUAAGUGAAGUUAGAUCAUUUCCACUUUCCAUUUUCGAUCUUGAAAAACUAGAGAGGAGAUGGAGAACAUGUAUCCUCCUGGAGCUUGAUAUACUAUGCUGUGAGUAUAGUAGUAGUACUGAUAGAUUUUAUAUGCCUGUGAUUAGAUUUUUUGUAAACAUCCAAAAUGAUUAAAAGUGAUUGAUAAUGUGGGGUCACAAAUUGAUAUGAUUGCCAAGACAUAAUGUAAACAAAUAUGAUGUGAAGAUUUUCAUAUAUGCCUGUAUUCAUAUUCAUUGUGUUUGAGUUAGAAAUUGUAAUGCAUAAAUUACAGUUUCAUUAAUGUACUGCUAUUAAUAGUAGUAGUAUUAUACCUGCUCAAAGAUGGUAGACUGAGAUAUAAAUAGUAAUUGCUUGAUAUGGAAACUACUUUUAUUUCUUGAUAGGUGAAAUUUCCCUUCAGAAGGAAAGCUCUGUUUUAACCAGACCACCUGCUUUAUUGCUGGGUCUUCUUAAUGGUAAAGGUGUGCUGUGUUACUGUCCAAAGGCCUUUUAGUUCACUUCAUUUUCUUGGUUGCCUGUUUAGCACUUUCAACCUUCCUGACCCUUGUGCUUGGAAGCUUACGUGGAGGCAUUCUGCUCACUUCUGUUAAGAACAGGGUUGGAAACAGGCAAGGCACUUGAAUAGUCAGAAAUAUCCAUGAAAGACUAUUAGAUAAUGUCUGUCAUGGCUGUAUAUAUGUAAUGGCACUGUGAACUGGCUCAUUUCAAAGUUUGACAUUUUUUUUUUGUGUGUGCUGUUCGGGAAAGAGUUAAAAUUUAGCUUUUUGUUUUGUUUCCUGCACUACUUCUGAGUUUACCCCUCAGAGAGGCAGGGUUUUCUUGUGUGGGCAAACCCAGGCCAAUGUCAGACAGGUAUUUUUUUUGGCAAAUAUUAAAUUCAAAAAGUUUUGAGAAGAAAAACUUUGUGGUAGACCAUUGAAAAUGGAAAUAAGUAAAAAAGUUAGGAAAAUAUGAAUUAGAAAUAUAUGUUGUCAUUCUAAUGCCACAAUGAACUCAGAAAAAGAGAGAAGAGGGAUAGAAAGGCAGAGUGAUAAGAGAAAUUUUCAAAUAUUAGUGUGUUUUGACAUUCAGCUUAACUUUUUGAACAUUCGCUAUGGAUAAUGUCAAACAGAUCAGACUAAUACUUAAGGACUAAAACUACCUGGCAAUAAAAUUGACUGUUGAAAUAUCAGGAAUGUGAUACAAUUUAGGUUUUGGCUUUCAUAUGGACUUCUAGCUUAGUCCUUCUUGGCCAUUGGACUUGAAGUGGGUAUUUUGUUCUAGAAUAAUUUUCACAUGUGGUUAGUCCUCGACUUUUGGCCGAAUAUGAUUCCCAACUAUGAAAUAUAAUUUUUUAAAUAAUAAUUUGAAAUAAACAUAAGCCUUGAACUUCAUAUAAUGUAUGUUAACUCUUUUAAUUAUGCCAUAUCUUUUUAUGUUAGGGUGUAAAUCUUUUUGCCACAUUAACUUUUUAAGUAGUACAUAAUUCUGUUAUUCCAUUUUUAUUCCUUCAUUAAUUCAUUCAUUGCAAUUGCAAAGAUUUUAUAAGAAAUUAGUCUCAUAUUUCUUAGGGAUAUCACUAGUUAAUCAUGGAUUGAUGUAAGGCAGAUAGUAGAUUGUAAGUUAGAGAGUUUGUUAUUUGGUUAUUCAUUUUAUAAUAAGAUUGGAUUUUGUUUUCAUAUAUGUUAAUGGGUACUGUACAUUGAUUUUUGAUUGACUGUGUACUACUCCCACAGAUACUAGCAAAUGUUUCUUUUGUUCAUAUAUGGUACCAACCCCGGUCUUUUGUAACGGAAAGUCUCUUAGCUCUAACUGGAACCAUUUAAUAGAACAAGGUUGGUGACAACAGGAUGAUAGCGAAUGGGGAGAGAGCAGACACAGACUCCUCUCUCCCCAUUCGCAUGAUGCACCAGUCAUCUCUUAACUAUCUUCUUGCAAGAUGUGCGCUGCCCUUUCUCGCAUAGAAGCCAGUUUAUUAUGCACUUCCUGCCCUAUCUAAACCUUGGCGUUUUGGUGUUUCGCUUUCUUUUUGUUUGUGUGUGUGUGUGAUUCUGUUAUUUUUUUUGUGUUCGUCUGUGGGAUUUGCAUUAGAGAUGCAGGCACUUGAUUCAUUUAAGAAGGCUUUGCCUCAGAGAAGAUGCCCAGGGGUAGGUGACAAUCCUUGCUUUUGUUAUUUAGCCUCUUUUGAUACUGAUCCUCAUACCACUUAUAGCAGAUGCAGAUUUAAUGAUUCCAAUGUAAUCCUUGUUCUGAGUGUUAAAUGAUUCCAAUGUAAGUGACCCUUGUUCUGAGUGACAAGCUAGAAAUAAAAGAUAGCAGAAAGAACAGAUGGUUGUAGAAACUGAAAACCGAAAGGAAUAUAUGUCACUAGGUGUAUGAAUACCCCCAAUUCUUCUCUCGUUCCUAACUCUCCAUGUGGUAUCUGUGCGCAUGAUCAACAGGUUUCUUCAAUGUAGAGUUAAUACUGUAACAUGAUUGGUUGAACAUGUAUUCAUUCGACUGUGUCCCUCCCAGUUCCGCCAUUUUCCUAACUUAGAAGUUGGUCUUUGUACCAAAAGCUCCCCUGUAACAGUGCGCAUACUCAAUAGCAUUUGGAAUAGUAGUAGUAGUAGCUUGGAUUGGCUUUUGAAACAACUACUUUUCUCGUGUUAUUCCUCUUUUGUUUUUCAGCUUUUUGUCUCUGUAAUGUCAUAUACAAUAAGAAAUACCACAAUAACAUAAUAUCACCCUCUCCCUGUGAUCUACCCCACCCAGAACUCCGCUUUCUGUCAGGGUCCUCUACCGUGUAGGAUCAUAAUAGAACAAAUGAGAGAAUUAACCUGUCCACAAGGCCUACCUGACCCAGAACCCCACUUUCCUUAGGGUCCCCUACUAUGUAAAAUGAAUAACAUCCCUGAGGCCUACCCCCCCAAAACUCGGUAUGUAUUCCCAAUGGGUCCCCUACCUUUUUGGAAAAAGUUGUGAUGUGAAUUACAGGUUAAUUACACCAUCCCCCCCAAAAUAAUGGUAAAUUCUUGAUAAGCACCCAGAAUACUAAUGGAAAAAUUAAGUUCCAAAGAAACAUCCAACUUGGAUUUACUACUUAGUUCUACCAAGGAAUCUUAGAAUGUGAAGCAGGGUGAGGUUGAGUAACACGUUUCCUCACCCAUAGAAUUUAAUAAGUAGAUUUGAGUGAGUAUGGAAAAAGAAUUAUGCUAAGCUUUGGUUGUAGUGCUUGGCCUAAAUCUUGAUAGUCUGACAGCCCAUACGAAUAUCAGUAGGGCCAUUGUGUCUG